GUGAGCGUUGCCAAUUUUAAACACAUUUUAGAAUGUAACUGAUGCAAAUAUUAAAUUAUCUUUGCUUUUGAAUUGAAUUCCAUGAAGUUUAGGAUAAGUCAUAACUGUGCAUAAGUACAUAUGAAGAGAACGCAUACUGGUGUAGACUUUAGGAACAUUUUAAGUGCUAUCAAGUCAAGAGAUAUUAAUGAGUUGAAAUCUUUGUUGACAAAUAAACAAAUUCAUUUAAUAGACGAGAAACUCGAAACAGUUCUUCAUGUGGCUGCCCGACUUGGAGAUGGCGAUGUCAUCAGGACUUUACUGCAGGAUCGGCGAGUGGCUCGACUCUUGGACAGUGAGAUGUACAAUGGCGACACGCCCCUGGUGGUAGCAGUCAAGAGUAACAAUGUGGCAGCAGUGCAAAUCUUGGCUGACCACGGGGCCGACCUGUGGCGAAGGAAACUACAUUCUGGAAAUACGAUUUUACACUUUGCUGUGAGUCUCUGCAGCUCUGAACUCCUGAAAACACUUCUUAAAUACAAUCCUCCAUCUAGAGUCAUCACUAAAACAAAUCAAUUUGGUGAAACAGCUUUCGAUAUUGCCGUCAUGACAUUUUCUCCAAACGUACUAGUUAUGCUGGAUGCUGGUGUUGACUGUCCAAAGCCAAACCAUCUCACAGGACGCAAUGUGCUUCACACAUGCGUUGCUUACAAUAAAUGUGGAGUACUACGACAACUGCUUGCGUUAAAGAGCUCAAAUGAACUGACGAACCUUGCUGACAAGAGAGGAGAUACUCCUCUGAUGUUGGGGAUAAAAUCGUCCUGCCUAGAGUGUAUCCAGACGCUUGUGAGCUAUUCAAAAAUAUCUAAAGACUUUAAUGAGGUUACUGGUGAAAGUCUCUUACAUAUGGCGGUGAAAACUGAUAGGAAUGAUAUUUUUUCAUUAGUCCUGGCGUCUUCUCACGAACAUGUCAUCAGUUACAAAGACUACGAGGGAAGAACUCCUCUUCUACUUGCGAUUGAAUGUAAUAAGAACCAGUGUUUAAAGAGAUUAUUCAAUACCCAAAAUGUGUUUGAGAAACAUGGAGUAACUAAAGAAACUAUUUUACAUACUGCAGUUAGAGUAAACAAUACAGAAGCUCUGAGAUUGCUGAUGAAAAAUAAUAACACUGGUGGUGCUUGGUGUUUCUCUCAGAGAAGAAAUGAUGGGAAGACUCCCUUCUGGCUGGCUGUUGAAAAUGAUAACGCACAGUUGGUGGGUGAAGCGAGGAAACUAGGGUGGGUAGACAUUGACAAACUCAAUCCUCAAGGAGACUCGUGUACAUAUGUUGCUGCCGCUUGCGGUCACAUAAAGGUACUAAAGGCAUUGCUACUUUCUAAAAAAUUUUACAGGUUUUGCCGAACCUACGAUAUAAGUCCUGGCUUCAAGGAAGAAACAAUCGUCAAAGAAGCUGAAAUUUCAUGUGAUAUAUACAGCUCCGAUAUAUUUAUUCUCACUGGUGAAGUCAGAGGAAACACUUCUCACUCUUGGUUCCCACAGACGAUUUUGAAUGUGAAUAAAAAUAAUAAAAGACAUAUUUUUCAUGCGUGUGCUCUUGCAGCUGAUACAUCUGAGAGUUUUAAUUUCUUCCGAAGGAAACAUUUCUCCUAUAAUAAAACUAACGUCGACAACUCUACAGUACCAGAAUACACAGGGUUUGCUGUUUCUUCAAAAACUGUUAUUGAUGUUGGAAUCAUAUAUUAUCCAAUGUUUGAGAAGAAAAGUGCUAUACUCUCCCAGAAAUAUGUCCGGGAACUCAGAAGAUCUCUUGCCAGAUCAAAAAUAACACGAGCAACAAAUCUGUUCCUAAAUCUGGAGGCUGUUGAUGAAAUUAUUUUGAGAAGAUCCGAACUAGGAAUGAAUUAA